ACCCUUCCUGUCUUGGACUUUAACCCAUAUUACUGAAGUAAGAGGCAUCUCCUUCCGCUUGCCAGUUCUUAUCCUCUCUGGACUAAUACAGGAUUAUUAACAGGAAAAAGACAGGAAUGAGAGGAGCACGGUGAAAAGUACCAUCACCACAAAGACCCCGGAUUCGUACUCUACAGGAAUGGAUGUGAGAACGUUGGAGAUUACGGCUGAGCUAUCGGCCAGACUACGCAGCGCAGCAGGGCGGCAGCAUGUAUCAGGGGUGACAGAGGUGGCGCCUCCACAGGUGAAAGCACAAAACACCCUAAUCCUGCCCCUCGAUAUCGACAGCUACCCCUUCUCACGAUACGCCAACACCACACUGAAGGAUGGCUGGUGUCAGCCACAGGGCUACUCCCUCCAGCGACCUCUGACCUCUCUGGAGCCUGAAGACGCUCAAACCGCUCUGGAGAUCCACAAACUGAUACUGCGUUUUGCAGGGGACAGUGAUCUGAGUGGCUGGCAGGAGCAGGUGUUGGGGAACUACAUUGUGGAGCAGGGCCAGACUAGACCCCCCCUGAGGGAUGAGAUCCUAGCCCAGCUGGCCCACACCACCUGGGGCAGGGAGUCAGAGGAGGUGGCGCUGCGGGGCUGGUUGUUACUGGCCUACUGCCUUAGUACAUUCACCCCCUCCCCAGCCCUGGACAAACCCCUACUCAAGUAUGUAUCUGAUAAUGGUCCAGGUGAAUAUCGUUCUCUGUGCCAGCACAAACUCCUCACCUCCCUCAAGUUACCCUCCCCUGCCUCCCGCCUCCACCCCCCCUCCCAGCUGGAGUGGACAACCAAUCAGAGGAGAGGAAAUAUGGUGAUGGACAUACAUACCUUCAACGAGGAGAAGAUGACAGCUGAGGUAGAGUCCUGGACCACAGGGGAGCAGCUGGCCUCGUGGCUGCUCCACUUCAGAGGGUUACCUGAGGCUCCACGGGGCUGGUCUGUGUCUCUGCUAGCUGAUGAGGGCUGGUCUGAUCUGGCUGGAUGUGACUUUGUCUUGGACCUGUUGGCUGGAGCAGAGACUGAUGCUACACUGGAGACCGCACACACAGACCCUGACUACCUGUUCAACAAUGAGGAAGUCGGGAUGAUUACAACAGAUCUAGAUGGCUUCAUCCCCCCGGCCCCCUCCAUUCCGGCCCCUUGUCUCCCCCAGCAGGGCCGUGGAGACUACCAGCAGUCAGAGGGUUCUGGUCAGAUGGACUGCUAUCUGGAUGACCUCUUUGACCCAAUGAUGGACCAGGGACCAGGGGACCAGGAGCGUAUGGCCAAGUUGAACAGGAGGAUGAGAGGAGGAGGAGGGAUGUAUGGACCAGGUGUUCCAAUGACAAUGCCAGGCUAUUCUAUGGGAAUGCCAGUGAACCCUGCAAUGCAAGACUACAGGGCUCCAAUGAUGCCAAGUAUGAUGACAGCUGCCCCCAUGCCUAUGAUGCCAACCAUGAUGGCACCCCAGCCAGCUGCACCAGGCCUGGAUCCCCAGCAGAUGGCAGCACAGCAGCAGGCUUUCAUCAACCAACAGGCCUUGCUCAUGGCCCAGCAGAUGACAAUGCAGGCGAUGACUAUGUCCCAGCAGCAGACUCAGGAGCAGCAGCGACAGCAGCAGCGGCGCCAGGCUAACCUUCGACCCGUCACACCCCUCGCCCCCUCACCCCCGGCUCAGACACAGACACACCACUCUGCCCUCUCACCCCCAGCCCAGACACAAACUCCCCGCGCCCCUCCGCCGCUAACCACACCCAGCCAGAGGAAACCACAGAUUCAGCACCACAUACCUGAGCCGGAGAGAGAUGUGGACUUUGUCAGUCCAGACCAGCUGGACUCUUUCAAGGACAAGAGAGAGUUCUUCCAGAAUAUUGGUUCUCAGCCAAAGCCAGCAGCCAAACCGCCAAAGCCUCGCCCUGCUCCCAGUAGCCCCCCCAAACAGACCCUUCCCCGCUCUCCCUCCUCCUCCCCACCCCCAGCACCCAGGACUUGGCAACGUCCCGGAGGGAGCCCCAAACAGACCCUUCCCCGCUCUCCCUCCUCCUCCCCACCCCCAGCACCCAGGACUUGGCAACGUCCCGGAGAGCCCCCCAAACAGACCCUUCCCCGCUCCCCCUCCCCCUCCCCACCUCCAGCACCCAGGACUUGGCAACGUCCCCCGUCUCCUCCUGCCAGAGAACCAGACCGCCAGCCCCCUGCCUCCCCGCCCCCUCCCAGCACCAGAAUCCGUGACAUUAUUAAACAGUACCAAAACCGCCCUGUCAACGAUCCAAAACCCUUGAAACCAAUCAGGGUUCCAGCACAGUCGUUUGUGAAGAAGAAAGAUCCUAAAGAGGAGGCCCUUUCUAUCCUCAGAAAUAACGGACCUGUACAACAGCAGAAGAGACAGCCUCCCCCUGCACGGCAGCCCUCUCCUCCCUCCACUAGAGGGAUUCACCCCAUUUCCAACCACAUGAAGCAGAAACAGCGCUCCCUUGCCGACCUGUUCGGCACUCAGGGACACUCCGAGAACCCUCCGCCUGCUCCCCCCGGGUUCGCCCCUCCUCCUUCUCCCCCAGUCCAACACAUCUAUGAGAGCUUGCCAGACCCCCCCACCAAGGCUGCCCCCACACUCAAUCUGCUGUCUGGGGAGGAGAGUGUUCGCUCCCAGCUCCACAGGUUCUCUGCCAGCAUCUACUUCUCCUACUCGGCUAUGCCUGGCAAACUGUUCCUACGCAAAGAGGUGUUUUACCCCAGAGAGAAGUUCAACCACCCCUACAUCCUCAAUCUCCUCUGUGAGCAGAUCAUGAGAGACACGUACUGUGACACCUGUGUGAGGAUCUCCAGAGAGGAGAGGAGGAAAAUGAAGGACCUACUGGCCAGUUUCAAUGUGGGUACAAGUGUCAGUUUGCUCCAGGAUGACACCAUGAAGAAGAGGAUAGUGAUGGCUGCCAGAGACAACUGGGAAAACUACUUCACAAGACUGUUCCCUGUCAAAGGUGAUACCAGUGGGGACACCCAGGUAUUGGGUGUGUCUCAUCGUGGGCUUCGUCUGCUGAAGGUGGCCAGAGCAUCAGGCAUCAACCCCAAACACCUGAUCCUGCUACGCAGCUACAGCUACGCGGAGCUGCUGUCGGUGAAGCUGCGGUCUGCAGACAUGGUAGAAUUCAGUCUGAAAGAAGAACAGCUGCAGCUGCAGAGCAACAGAGCUGCUCAGAUCACUGCCGUGGUCAGGCUGUUCCACCAAGAACUCGUUGAGGGCUCGGAUCAUGUGAUCGCCCUGAAGAGCUUUGAGACGGUCGACAAGAGCCUGCUCAACUUCCGCAAGGGUGACAUCAUCAAACUGCUGCCCAUAGAUGGCCUCAAACCAGGUUGGUGUUUCGGUUCCAUUGGGGGGCGCUCGGGUCUCUUCCCCACGGACAUCACUCAGCCGUCUGCCCCUCCUGACUACCACCAUGUCCACCUUGACCGCCGCGACGAGAGGAGGAAGAGCAUGAGAGCUCCAACCCCCAGACCCACCUCCCACAACGGCUCAGCACAGCCCAGCCGAGAUGGCUCCGUCCUGGGGUCGGCUCGGUCGGUUCAGGGUAGUGAGAUGAAUGACGUACAGACGUUCCUGAUGACAGAGUUUGCCAUGAAAUACUUCAGAGAUGCUGACACGAGCAUGGAGGGUAGAGGUCUUCUUGAUGGAGGUCGAAACUUCUCAGAGAUGGUUCAGUACACAGAGGUUCCCGUUCGGGAAUCUCUCAUCCUGUACUCUGAUCCUGAUCUUAAUAACCUGGCUGUCCAAGCCUUCAUGAGUGUGAUGCAGUUCAUGGGAGACCAGCCUCUGGGGAAUCACAGGUCUGAGGAAGACUGUGUCAGCCAUGUCUUGAUGCUGGGGAAGGAGAAGGAGUUCCUGAGAGAUGAGAUCUACUGCCAGGUCAUCAAACAGACGACUAACAACAGUCACAGGCAGAGCUGUACCCGAGGUUGGCGUUUAUUGAACCUGGUAACAGGGUUCUUCCCCUGUUCUGGCACUCUCAAUCCCUACGUCACACAACUCUUACAAAACAUCAGCCAAGACCCCUCACACCCUUACCAAGAGCUGUCUCAAUACUGUAAGGAGAACCUGUUCCGGUCUCUGAUCCACGGAGGUCGCAGACACGUCCCCUCUCAAGUAGAGAUGGAAGCCAUACUGGCUGGCAGAAGCUCUCGCCGGUUCCCCAUCAAGCUGCCGGGUGGAGUAGACUUCCCCUGUAAGAUACGCAGCUUUAGCGUGGCUCAGGAGGUGGUGGAAGAGCUGUGUACAGAGAUGGGCAUCCAGGACCUGUCAGAAGUCAACGAGUUCUCUAUCCAUGCCAGCCGGGACCAGGAGGGGAUGACGCGGCCAAUCCACCCUGAUGAGUACCUGUUUGACUUCCUUUUGGAUGACGGCUCCAUUUUCCUGUCCUUCCACCGCGUCAUGUGGACACACCCCCUUCACUUCGACAAUGACCUGUACCUGGAGUUCCACUUCCAACAGGUCCUGGGUGAUUACCUGGAUGGCAAACUGCUACUGCCAAGCGGUGGUGCCAAUGUUGUCCAGCAGAUGGCAGAGCUGGCUGUCCUGCAGCAUCUGGCACAGGGUCUUACUCAAGAGCCCUCUGUGCCUGAACUGAAGGAGUACCUCCCCCGACAGGAAGGGGGCAGCACCAACCUGGAGCAGAUCCACUCUAUUUCCCUCAGAGAGAGAACCACCAUGCUGUCCCUCAGCCCCCACGACGCCAAAGCACGCUUACUCGAGUGCCUGAGCUCCCUACCUCUGUUCGGCUCUAAUAUCUUCCUGGCUCAGAAGGUCAGCCAUCGCAGCUGCCCCUCGCCCUGCCUGGUGGCUGUCAACCAAGAGGAAGUGUUGUUCUGCCAUCCCAAAACACAGGAGCGGGCGUUUGUGAUCCCGUUGGUGGAAGUGCAGUCACUGAGCUUGGUCAAAUCCAAGCAGGACAAGAAGGUGCCAGGAGUGGAGAUCAAAUACGGCAACCCAGGACGCCCAAAAACCAUCACCGUCCACCUCAAGCAGGCCAAGGAGUUGUGCCACAUCAUUGCUGUCAUUAUGGAGAAGCUGGUACAACCACCCAUCGAUAGUUCUGUCUCUAGCCGCAACUAGUAGAUACGCGCACACCCGCACACACACACACACACACACACACACACACACACACACACACACACACACACACACACACACACACACACACACACUCUUAGAGAGGGAGCCUGCUGAUACCCUCAGCCUAGAUGUCUUAGGAUCAGCCUAUUGAUUAACGGGCCUGCACUGAUGAUUAUCAAAACAGAUCAAUGCCUUCAUAUUUUUAUCUACAACAUUUAGUUGUACUAUGAGUACCAAUGAAUGUCCACAUUUUUAAUUCCUUUGUACGUGUUUAUAUAACCAAUGUAUCAAUGUGAAGAUUAUUUGCAAUAAAUGUUUGUGUAAUUUAAGGCCAGGCACCACACCCUCACAGGGUUAUUUUUUCCCCCUUAAUCAAUAUAGCAAUUCACUUUUACCAGUUGAAUGCAGACACAAUUAUAUAAUAUUUUUUUGUAUUACAAUUCUUCUGAAAUAUUUGGUUUAAAUAUGCAAAUGACGCAAUAUCUAAUUAAAUGGCCACAUAUUUUCAUAUCAUGCAAAUCUAAUUUUCUGGACACCGGAUAAAGUCAGUCUAAAUAUUUUGGUUUAAUUUUGUUAAGACACUCCAUGACCGGACUUGUCCAGAGCAGAUUGUGGAUAAAUACUUGUUAUCUUUCUAUCUGUGAAAUACUAGACACGCACAUAAAAAUGCAUUUUUGGCGCAUUUUUCCAAUGAAAAUGUUAUCUAGAAUAAAAAAUGUACAACAUACAAUAUAUGUACAAAAGUUUGUGGACACCCCUUCAAAUGAGGGUAUUCGGCUAUUUCAGCCACACCCGUUGCUGAUAGGUGUAUAAAAUCGAGCACACCGCCAUGCAAUCUCCAUAGCCUAACAUUGUCAGUAGAAUGGCUCAGUGACUUUCAAUGUGGCACGGUCAUAGGAUGCCACCUUUCCAACAAGUCAGUUCGUAAAAUGUCUGCACUGCUAGAGCUGCCAUGGUGAACUGUAAGUGCUUUUAUUGUGAAGUGGAAACAUCUAGGAGCAAAAUUGUCUCAUCCGCGAAGUGGUAGGCCACACAAGCCCACAGAAUGGGACUGCCAAGUGCGGAAAAAUGUAGUGAUUCAGAAUUGCCUGUCCUCAUUUGCAACACUCACUACAGUUCCAAACUGGCUCUUGAAGCAACGUCAGCACAAGUACUGUUCGCCACAAGCUUCAUGAAAUGGGUUUCCAUGGCCGAGCAGCUGCACACAAGCCUAAGAUCACCAUGCGCAAUGCCAAGCGUCGGCUGGAGUGAGGUAAAGCUCAGCGCCAUUGGACUCUGGAGCAGUGGAAACUAGUUCUCUGGAGUGAUGAAUCACGCUCCACCAUCUGGCAGUCCGCCGGACGAAUCUGGGUUUGGCGGAUUCCAGGAGAACGCUACCUGCCUGAAUGCAUAGUGCCAACUGUAAAGUUUGAUGGAGGAAUAAUGGUCUGGGGCUGUUUAUCAUGGUUCGGGCUACGUCCCUUAGUUCCAGUGAAGGAAAAUCUUUUCAGGAAAACGCUACAGCAUACAAUGACAUUCUAGACGAUUCUGUGCCUCCAACUUUGUGACAACAGUUUGGGGAAGGCCCUUUCCUGUUUCAGCAUGACAAUUCCCCCAUGCACAAAGCGAGGUCCAUACAGAAGUGGUUUGUUGAGAUCGGUGUGAAAGAUCAUUUGGAAUGCCGACUGCGAGCCAGGCCUAAUCGCACAAGGUCAGUGCCCGACCUCACUAAUGCUUUUGUGGCUGAAUGGAAGCAAGUCCUCUCAGCAAUGUUCCAACAUCUAGUGGAAAUACUUCACAGAAGAGUGGAGGCUGUUAAAGCAGCGAAGGGGGGAGCAACUCCAUAUUAAUGCCCAUGAUUUUGAAAUGAGAUGUUCGACAAGUCCACAUACUUUUGGUCAUGUAGUGAUUCAACAAUUCCUUCAGGGGAAGUCUGGAGAAUAUAUUUAAGGAUAACCACAGAAUAUGUUGUAAAUGCAGAUGCUUCGGAAGCUGAGAAAACCUAGAUGUGGGAAGAGGUAUUUUCAGGAAGUGUCAGUUUUAAGAACACUGAAUUUGGAGGCCAAAUGACUUUUUAUACCCAAUCACCAUCUCUUCAAAGUAGGUUACUGAAUAUAGUCCAGUUUGUAACACUAUCUAUGCAAUGGUCUUUUAAAUUAUUGGUAAUUUAAUGUAGUGAGUUUUGAAAUUAUUCAUAUAUGUCAAUUUUAAAGUGGCACUAUAGUAUGAUAAACUAAAGAAAAUGUUUUUUUUUAAUCAAGUUUUAAAAAAUGUUAUGCUUCUUUUUUAGAAAUUACUCAUAUUAUAAAAUACCAACAAAUCUCAAAAUGUAUAAGUAGAAGCAAACAUUUAAUUUCAGCCUGUUGUGCCUGGCCUUAAAAAUAUUUUGGGGAUUGAUGUUCUUGUUUACUUUGUGUAUAGCUAUGAAAAAGCUUGAUGAAUAAGGUAUUGUUGUUUAAAUUCUAUGUGAACAUGUAUUGCUAAUAGAAAGCUAUGUUAGAAAGAGAUACUGUUUUCCAGCUGUGUUUAGUUUGAUAGGCCUAUAAAACCACAAACUGACCUGU